UUCGCCAUGGGGCGUUUCCCAAGCACGUGUAGGAAGUGUUACAUGCUGGAUUUUGGCUUGGCACGACAAUUUACAAAUUCAUGUGGGGAUGUCAGACCACCACGAGCUGUUGCUGGUUUUCGAGGAACAGUACGGUAUGCGUCAAUCAAUGCCCACAGAAACAGGGAAAUGGGGCGACAUGAUGACCUUUGGUCCCUGUUCUACAUGUUGGUGGAAUUUGUGGUUGGACAACUGCCUUGGAGGAAAAUAAAAGACAAGGAGCAAGUAGGCUCUAUUAAAGAGAGGUAUGAACAUCGGCUCAUGUUGAAACAUCUGCCUCAAGAAUUUAACAUCUUUCUAGAUCAUAUCUCCAAUUUAGAUUAUUUCACAAAGCCUGAUUACCAGCUUCUCAUGUCUGUGUUUGACAAUAGCAUGAAAACCUUUGGGGUUAUUGAAAGUGACCCUUUUGAUUGGGAGAAGAGUGGGACUGAUGGUUCUUUGACAACAACAACAACUUCAACUACGCCUCAGUUACAUACUCGUCUGACUCCAGCUGCAAUUGGAAUUGCCAAUGCCACCCCUAUCCCAGGAGACUUGCUGCGAGAGAAUACAGAUGAGGUGUUUCCUGAUGAGCAGCUUAGCGAUGGAGAGAAUGGUAUCCCUGGUGGAGUUUCACCUGAAAAGCUACCUGGCUCACCUGGACAUCAACGUCUUCAGGAAAAAGAUGUCUGGGAGGAGAUGGAUGCCAACAGAAACAAGAUAAAGCUGGGCAUCUGUAAGGUUGCUACCGAGGAGGAAAAUAGCCAUGGGCCAGUGAAUGGAAUUCUUAAUGCACCAAGCCUUGGUUCUCCAAUUCGAGUCCGUUCAGAGACGAUGCAACUAGAUAGGGAUGUCCCAUUGGUACGAAAGUUACGUUCAAUCCACAGCUUUGAACUGGAGAAGCGCCUGACCUUGGAGUCAAAGCCAGAUACUGAUAAAUUUCUUGAGACCUGCUUGGAGAAGAUGCAGAGAGACUCAAAUGUUGGGAAAGAACCUGCUGUUGCUGCUCCUUCUCCUCUUCCUCAGAAAAUGCAUGUUCCUGCUGUGACUGUCCGUACUGACCACAUCUGGCAUUAUGAUGAAGAAUACCUCCCUGAUGCUUCUAAGCCUGCCUCAGCCAGUUCUCCAGAACAGGUCGAUGGUGUUGUUAGCAAUGGAUUUGUAGCUGUCAAUCUGAGCUCCUGCCGGCAGGAGGUUGAUUCCAAGGAGUGGGUGAUAGUAGAUAAGGAACGGGACCUGCAGGAUUUCAGGACCAGUGGGGCUUUAGUGCAUAAAACAACUGAAAGUCCCUCAGAUGAAGAGCCUGAGGUGCUACAGGUCCUAGAGGAGUCCCCCCAAGAGGAGUAUGUCAGACAAGGUACUUGGGCAGGAAACAACAUCCAUACCAAGAAUGAACCCUUGGGAGUAGAGCUUGGCCUAGCUGUUGAGUGUCAUGCCAUUGCUGCUUCUGAACAGCUUACAGAUAAACUAGAACUUCUGUGUGGAGCUGGUGGUCAGUUUCUUGCAGCCACACCUACGAGUCCAAUGGAGGCUCAGGCAGAAGGAGCACUCACUCCGCUGAAGUCAUCUCAUAUGCUGCAUUUCUCUACUCCAAGAAUUUCAAGUCCCAUCUUCCGCACCCUGAGCCCUAUAGCCCUUCUGUCUACCCACUUGGACUCUAAGAAAGAGACUGGGUUACCCAGGAGUCAAACAGCAGAGGGUCAGUCUUCCUCUUCCUGCUCAGCUGGCCGUAGGCAACUUCCUGUCAUUCCCAGUGGCAACAAGUUUCCCCCUGUCAUUCGCAUCUCAAAAGCACAACUCCAGCAGAUAACUAUACUCAGGCCUUCAGUGGCAUCCACCCAGUCUGCUUCUGAGAGCUUUCAUUAUGGCCACCAGCUAGAGAAGAGAGACCGGGACAGUCAGCCUAUGGAACACACUGUGGAACUUUCUUCUCCUAAGGAGAAUUUUCUUGGAUUGAUAGUGACAGACAGUGCACUUCCAAAUAGUGCCAGCAGACCAGAUCUGGUGCUUCAGUUAGACCAUAUCAGCCAGGAGGGGCUUGGGAGAAAAGAACAUGUCAAAGAAUGUGUCAGAUUCGUAGAGUAUGGCCAAAAGGAUGUACUUGAACAAAAUAGCAGGAGGCACAAAGAGGAAGACCCUGAACAUCUCCCUGUAAAAUCUGAAGAAGAAAGGCUUCCCAUCAUUUCUGAGGAUGUCAUUCAAAUACUAAGCAAAGGGCAGAAUUCUCCUCCACUAGCAAACUCAAAAUCUGUAGAGGAGGAACCUCCAGCCACUGGUGAACCUGAUGAAGAAUCAAAGCCAAGGACUUCUUGCUUGGUGCCAAAUCAAGAUGCAGACCUUGAAGUUCUGAAAUCAACAGGAGCUGAAAGGACAGAUGUUGUUCCAUCAAGAGUUAUUGACCCUUUUGCUGACAGAGAAGGAAGACAAAUAGUAGCAGUGCAGGAAAAUGGUUUCCAUGAUAAUGAGGAAAAUGAUAGUGCUGAAGACUUGAAAUGUCACCAAGUGGCGCUUACUACUUUCUUGCACCAGGAGGGCAAAAGAGAGAAAAAUGCCCCCAAAAAUGGAGAACUAUUUCAUUGCAUUUCAGAGAAUGAGAGUUCUCAUCAGUCCAAGAAAGACUUAGUUAGAUCACCCUUUGUGUUCAGGCAGAGUCGCAUACCGGUUUUAGCACAAGAGAUAGACUCGACAUCAGAAUCCACUUCUCCUGUGUCAGCAAAGGAAAAACUUCUCCUAAAGAAGGCACAUCAGACAGACUUGGUCAGGCUACUUGUGGAAAAGAGACAGCUUAAAUCCUUCCUUGUUGACCUCUCAAGUGCCUCUGAUAAAUCACUGGAGGAAAAAGUGUCUGCUGCUCCUGUACCAUUUUCUGAGGAUGAAGUCUUAUCCUCUUUUUCUAGACUGACACUGGACUCACAUUUGGGCAAGCAAGGUGAGGAUGGCUCUUUGUCACCCAGUAGCCCUCAGUCCAGAAAAAGCAAGAUUCCAAGGCCAGUGUCCUGGGCUACUACUGAUCAAGUCACCAGUUCAAGCUCAGCUCAGUUCUUUCCUCGGCCACCACCAGGAAGACCACCACCAAGACCUGGGGUAGAAGCCAGGUUACGCAGGUACAGAGUCAUUGGGAGUAGCAGCUCGGACUCAGACCUUAUCUCUCGUCUGGCUCAAAUCCUUCAGAAUGGAUCUCAAAGACAAAGGAGUUCCACCCAGUCACCAUGUGCUCCUUCCUGGCAUGCAUCCUGGAAGCAGUAAUUCCAGUCUGAGAUCUGGAUGAAGGAAAGAAAAGUCUGCGCCCCAGAGGACGGUUGCAGAUUUACAAUAUUGUGCAGUAUAUGUUAGGUCAGGUGUGUGGUAAUUGUUUACAAGCUUAUUUGCUUACAAGAGAGUGCCCUUUUUCACAUUAGUAAUGGUACACUUAAGCCAUUUGGCAUUAUUCACAAUGUCACUCUCAACAUCAAACUCGGAAUAACAAUGUUGAGGAAUUGAGACAAUUACAAACUCUGAUUAACAUUUUACCUUAUAAUUCUAGUUCAUAAAGAUGAAAUGUAGGUUGUUUUUAGGGCUAAAAGGCAAAUGCAGGAUCUGUAGACUUUGGGGGCUUAUAGUUGAGCAAAUAGGCCUUCACUUCCAUCUCUUACAGAGUCUGUAUGAGAUUGUUUGGCAUCAAAACCAUAAAGAAAACAAAUCUUAGACAACUUCCUUGGUGUCAUUCUUGUCUUCCCCUUGCCCAUAUGUCCCUGAGAAGCUUUGUGUCAUUGUCUGUGGAAUAAAGUCCAUGGUAUUUAGUUGCCCCAAACAAACUUUAUUUAAUGUCUCUUAAUAAUCACUCAUGCUGUAGAGGAUCAUUGUAGGACACUUAGAGGUACAGCAGCUUUUAAUACAUUCAGAAAUGGAAUAGUAGGUCAGAAUAGUAAAACUCAGAGGUGUAAGCAUAAAAAAGAUGCAGCCAGCAUCCCUAAUACUAUGUAUCUCAGAGAUGCUGGAUGUGUGGGAACCUUGUUAGUUACUGAUCUGCUUGCUGUAGCCAUAUGCCUCUUCAGCCAGCAUCUGUGCUUUUUAUUUAACCUCUGUUUGCUGCCAAACGAAUACCUUUGGAUUCAAAAGGGAAUAUUCCUUCUCUGAGCUAACACGUCUCUAAUGCUGCAUCAAAGCUGUCCUGGAGCUGCACUGAAUUUCACUUGUUCUGUCUGAUUGUGUUGGAAUUUUUUUUAUUAACAUGUAUAUUGUUUCCCGUAAGUAAUGUAGCACAGUGUGGAACCUUAAUUUCAUUCAGGUUUCAAGCACUACAGAGGAAUGCAAUAGGUAGGAUAUACCUGCUUUUUUUGAAGAAACUGUACCAUUGGAAAGGCCUAUUUCUUUGUAUUAUAUUGUAUAAUAGGUGCUAUACUAAUAAUUGCAUGUCCUCAUGGUAAAUUAUAUAAUAUAAAUAUUUAUAAAUAUAUAUAUAUAUAUACAUAUAUACAUAUGCUUAUAUAAACUCGCUUACUCUUUCUCAUUCUUCAUUUGUAAUUUAUGGACCAUAACUGAUGCAGUUCUGAUUUCUGUUGUGUGCCUGAAUCUCUUGACAUUGCAUCUCCCAUUUCCUGAAAACAGUUGUCUGGCAUGCACAAAGUCUAACAGCCAUCACGCCUCAGUAUGGGAUUGAAGGGUUGGUGAUUUCUCAGCAAGCCAGUGUUUUGCCUUGCAGCAUUUCCUUUUUAUUUAUAUUUUCGUGUGUGUGUCUCUAUGUGAAACAGGAACAGCGACUCGAAGGCACUGUAUCUUUGAUUCCAAGAUAGGAUUUGUGAUUACUGGUUUUUAUUUUACCAUGUGAGUUUUACAUCUCCAAUAUUGCUUAUGACACAGGAGCAGUGCUAAUUAAUGAAUAUCUAACAGAUAAAACUGACAAAAAAAAAUCAAUCCCUUUAUGAUUUCUUAACUUAUUUAUUUCUGGUACACAGUAAAGAGAGUUGUAUCCCAAAAUACACAUCUUUCCCCAGGGCCUGCAUAUACUGCUUCCUAAGGCAGUUCAUGUUUUUCCUCAUUUUUUUCUGAAGAGCAUUCACUGUGGUCUUUAGGAUCUCUUUCUUUCACUGAGGUUAUUUUUGCCAUGGACUUUACUGGGGGCAGUCCAGGCUUUAUGGCCUUCCCCUGUAUGGAAAUUAAAGUGUUUCUGGAUCCUGACAUAGUGGUGUCCAGAAACAGGCAAUCACCAUUAUUGUAGGAAUAAUUUGUUUUAGCAGUGAGGAGAAACAUAAUAUAAACAUAAUAUAUAAAGAAGCUUUACUACCCUCUUCUUGAAACUAAAGAUACCAUUGUUGCACAUUAUUCCCAAAACCCCAGAAAACGUAGGUGUUGUCAAAAUACAUUAGUACACUUGCACUUCCUGCCAAUGACAAGAGUGGAAGUAGGUCAGACUGGGGAUAAAAGUUAAAACAAAUAAUGAUACUCAUGGUUAUUUCAGUACAAUGCAUGGAAAAGAAUAACAUGUUCCUGGUAGUGGCGUACUACAGAUUUGGGUGACCAGCACUGAUUCAGUAGCUGGUUAGAAAGCCAUUGAAUUGCUAAUGGAAGCAGCAUUACAUGUUUGUUCUAUCCUAUCCUGUACUCUUCCCCCUCACUCCUCUACUUUUUGGAUUAUGUGGCACCUUUUUGCCCCAUUAAGUUCACAAAAUUUAGUAUUAUGAACUAAUUUAGCCAUUAGCAUAUGAAACUGCAAUAAUAAUCAAACCUGAUAUCAUUGUUACCCUUGCAAUAUUUUAGGGGCCUCUCUCAUCAUCAAGGACCCUGUAGAGAAUUAAUGCCAGCAAUUUAAACAUUAUUAUUAUGCAUUUAACUCCAGUUGUUAAAAACAUAAAAGGAUAAAUCAUUGGUCACUUUGCAAACUGAGUAAAUGGCUUUGUGGAGGGGACCUAUGCAAGACAGGCAGACAGAGAGAGAGAUUCCUUUCUAGGUUUGAAAGCAGUUGUAGUCUAUUCUGCAUAGGCUGCAGUAGUUUACACACAGUUCUUAGUCAGUGGAACCAUAUGGCUCAUCACACCCCCUCCUUCCAUUAUAAUCUCCAGUUAUGUAGGAGCACCUGCCCGGAGCUGUGAUAUACAAGUCUUGAAGGCUCCUUCUGCAGAAUUUCUCUUUAAUGUCUCCCAUGUGCUCCCAAACUGUGGCAAUUCUCCUAAUGUUGGAGGUGUUUCUACCCACAUGAAGUCUAGGCAGAGGACAGAAUUUGCCCCUUCCUGCAUGGCCAAUGCUUUGGAGCAUUUUGAUACAGCUGUCAGUAUGGGCCCCUUAAUAUAUUAAGUACAAUAAAACCCAACAACAUAUGAUACUUCAGUCCCAAACAACAGAUUUUUGUGCUGCUAUUUUGCACGACUGAGUGUGUUUAGUUUACAGUCUUAAAAAUGUACAGUAGUAUUGGUAAAAUCUUUGAAUGGUAUAAAUUGACAGUAUGUCUAAUUAUAAGAAAAAUCCUGCCCUAACCUGAAGAGUUAUAUGUUGUGCUAGAGUUGACAGAGAGCAUUGCCACUAGAGUAGGACAGGAUGGCUUAAGGUGGGCAUGGGUAAUAUGCUGCUAGGUUCACACUGCUGCUCUAAGAAAAGAGUGUUUGGCCCUGCCACAGUUACAAGCUGGAGGUCCCAAUAGUCAGCAGUCACCUUUGGGAACUUGCAGGACAGAAUCUGCCAAUGUUAUUUGCAUGGGUGAGAAGCUUUUAAUGCCUACACCUCACAGAACACUCAUGUGCCACAGGGCAACAUCUUGUCCAAUGUGUUUUAAGAUGUGCUUAAAACCACUCUUAAUUACGAUCUGAGUUCUAAGACCUGCAUUGCUUACAUAGCUUAGGGUUAUGUGACGUAAACUAUAUCGGGGAGAUAUUAAACUUGGUCUUUUGAAGGUAGUUCAUAAAAGUGUGCGGGAAUGGCUUCAGUCAUUGCUUCUUUGUUUGUUAGACUUCAGCUGCUAGAGUUAUUUGAGGCCUUAGUGUACUUUCAUUUAUUCUGAAUUCCUCUUUGAACUUACCAGUCUUCAGCUCUGGCAUAAUUCCAUCACUGGCCCUCUUCCAAAUGGCAGGCCUGAUCCUACAAUCCUUUCUCGGGCAAAAUUCUCAUAUUCUUUAUGCAUCGUGUGGAAAUGACUGGGCUGUAAUGCUGCUAAGAGUGUAAUUCUUUUCCUGUAAAGAAGAAUGUGGGCAAGGCUAGACUGUACACUACAUUCUUUUUUUCCUGUAAACAUGUGGCCUUUUCCAUGAUUGUUCCUUUUUACCACUGUACUAGAGGACAUGACUUUUGGUAGCAGUGUCAAUAUAACAAUGAAGAGCUGCCGGAGGAUGAUUAUUUCAGUUUCUAAAAAAGUAAGUUAGAGGCAAAGAACCUCUAACUUGCCUAUAUUUUUAAAUAUAUUUCUUUCCUUUUGUUUCACUUAAAAACAUUGUUUUUGCAUUUCCUCAUUGUGACAGACUGAACCUUCCAAAAAUGAAUUGGAGGAAUACACCAAUUGGUUUCCUGUCACUAGUGUAUAAAAUAAUACUCUUGUUUUCUUACAAAGCUAAUCUGUGAGGAGGUGCUGAAUGUCCUCACCUUCUGUUGACUUCAAUGAGAGAGGGCAUUCACCUUGCAGGACUAGGCACAAAAGGUACACUUUAUUGUUCAGAUGACUAGUUCUUUAUCUAUGCUUCCACUAUCCACAGUUGGCAGCCUGGAAUUUAACCAACCUGUAGCAUCUAACCAUGCCUUCUCUAUUUAAUGGCGCUGAAAGAUUUGAAUGGUCCUUGCUAUUACCACAACUUGUAGAGCAGUACUUAAUCCUUUCUUGUACCUCUUUGGGGCAUACACAAGGAAUGCUUCUACAAGUUGCCCCACAUCACCAUAGUGAUGCACUGUGGCACACUACGGUGACAUAGUGAUCACACAUGGGUCUACAAAUGAUCAGCAGCUACAUCACUGUAGUGUGCUCCCGUUUUAGUGCACUGCUAUGGCAAGAUAGUGGCUAAAUCAAAUUUUUUGCUGUGUGCAGGGCGCAGUAUGAGCAAUUACUGCUCCAUGCUUUAGUACUUCCAAAAGUACUAAAGUAUAGUGCCAUAUCAACAUUGCCAUAUGGCAAUAUGUAGAUGCACCCAAUAUAAAUAAACUAGACAGAGAACUUUGCUUUUAGUUAGAUUUGCAAAUGCAUUUGCAGUUUUCAGUAAUCAGUAACUUUGGAAAAGGGACAGAGGUUCAUUUUUUUUGCUGAGAAUGACAUAUAAGGACAAGUCUUAUGGACCAUGGAUCUUAAGAUAAUGCAUAGGUACAUACAGUUUACUUUAAAUGUUCUUGCCUUCCUACCUGAAGAUCAGUCUUACUCCCCCCCCCCC